GGGGGCGGUUCUUCGGCGCGCCUGCGCUCUGCUGGGCCCGGCUUCCGGGAGGUGCCGGCGCGAUGGCGCUGUUGGUCGGUGUCGCUGUGUAGCAGCGACGUGUGGGCGAGUGGGUCCCGGGGUCUUUGGGAGCGUCUGGAGGGCGCGGAGAGAACUUAAGGUCGCGGCCGCCGCCUUAACCACCUGGCAUGUCGGCAGAGGCCUCGGGCCCGGCGGCGGCCGAGGCCCUGUCCCUGGAAGUCCCUAAGCCUUCGGGACUCGAGCCUGGCUCCGCCGCCUACGGUCUCAGACCACUGACCCCCAACAGCAAGUACGUGAAACUUAACGUAGGUGGCUCGCUGCACUACACUACGCUGCGCACCCUUACGGGACAGGACACCAUGCUCAAGGCCAUGUUCAGCGGCCGCGCAGAGGUGCUCACGGACGCCGGAGGUUGGGUGCUGAUUGACCGGAGUGGCCGCCACUUUGGCACAAUCCUCAACUACCUGCGGGACGGGUCUGUGCCACUGCCUGAGAGUACCAGAGAACUGGGAGAGCUACUAGGCGAAGCACGCUACUACCUUGUACAGGGCCUGAUUGAGGAUUGCCAGCUGGCACUGCAGCAAAAAAGGGAGAACCUGUCCCCGCUGUGCCUCAUCCCCACGGUGACAUCUCCCCGGGAGGAGCAGCAGCUCCUGGCCAGCACCUCCAAGCCCGUGGUGAAGCUCCUCCACAACCGCAGUAACAACAAGUACUCCUAUACCAGCACUUCGGAUGACAACCUACUUAAGAACAUCGAGCUGUUUGACAAACUGGCGCUGCGCUUCCACGGGCGGCUGCUCUUCCUCAAGGAUGUACUGGGGGACGAGAUCUGCUGCUGGUCUUUCUACGGGCAGGGCCGCAAAAUCGCUGAGGUGUGCUGCACCUCCAUUGUCUAUGCCACGGAGAAGAAGCAGACCAAGGUGGAAUUCCCAGAGGCCCGGAUCUUUGAGGAAACCCUGAACAUCCUGAUCUACGAGACUCCCCGGGUCCCAGACCCAGCCCUCCUGGAGGCCACAGGGGGUGCAGCUGGAAGUGGCAGGGCAAGCCGAGGGGAGGAUGAGGAAAACCGAGAGCACCGUGUCCGCAGGAUUCAUGUCCGGCGCCACAUCACCCAUGACGAGCGUCCUCAUGGCCAACAGAUUGUCUUCAAGGACUGAUCCUUGAUCUUGCUCCCUGUUUUCCUCCUGCCACUAGGACUCAGUCCCUCUCUCUUUUCCUCCCCUUCCCAGAUCUUUGCCUCGGCUUUGCUGGCUAAGUCGUGGGUCUCCCUUCUGUCCCUUCAUUGCAUGGUACAGUUCACUUUGGCCCUUUUCCAUUCAUUCCCAAUUCAUUGCUAACAACACGGUACAUUCCAGCCCUUUCCCUAAGAGCCCGUCAGAAGGCCUACUUUUGUUCCCUCAUCUCCAUCCUUGCCCUGCUAUCUUCCCUCAUCAGCUGAUUUAAAAUUAUUUAGAAUUCCCUUUCUCUUUUUUUAGUACAUUGUACAUGCCAAAGUGUUAAGCCAGCCCUUAUAACACCCAUCACGUUCUGAGCUGCCUCCCAAUCAUUGUGCAUGGUAGUUUGCUUCCCUCUUCCUUCUCCCACCAUUCUCCCUACCUCCUUAACUUUGUAUUACGUUGGCCUGGGCCUGUACCAGCUCAGCUACUGUUUCGUAUUAUUUAUUAUUUUAAUUUUCUAUUAAAUUAUUGGAAUAAAGUUGAGUUGAGAAUCUGG